AUGGAACACUUUUGUACAAGUACAUUAGAUCUAGUUUCUUUUUUUGUUACUGCACAUUAAUAAAAUCGUUAAUUUUUUUAAAUGUUCGAUAUAUCGAAUAAUAUUUGAAGAUCGAAAUCAAAUUGUUGCUAUGUUAAUUGUUUAAUUGAUGUAGGUAUUGUACCUCGUUGAUUGGAAUUAAAGGCUAUCCCUACGAGAAAAACAUUUGCAUAAAUGACGGAGAUAUAUUUUUCUCUGUCUGACAAGUCCCAAAUUUGACGGAGCCGAACAUUUCCUUAUAUUGCCAAAGAAAGAAAGAAUCAAGAUGGAAACUGUGUUACAACAAAAGGUAAUAGAAGCGACACAGUGUGUUGAGAAACAAUUAGACGCUGAAAUAGAGAAGUUGGAUAAUUUAGAUAUUAACGACUUUGAAAAAUUGCGUGAGGAGCGAUUGAAAAAAUUAAAACUACUCCAGCAGCAAAAACAAAAUUGGUUGUUAGCGGGUCAUGGAGAAUAUUCUGAGAUAUACGAUGAGAAAGAAUUUUUUGAUGUAUCAAAGAAAUCUGAGAACAUUGUCUGUUUAUUUUAUAAAGAUGACUCGCCAAGAAGCAAAAUAGUGGAUCACCAUUUCAAAAUUCUUGCAAAGAAACACAUGGAAGCAAAAUUUUGUAAGCUAAAUGUAAAGAGGUGUCCAUUUUUAACUGAACGUUUAAGAAUCAAAAUCAUUCCUACAAUUGCCCUCAUUGUAAAUAGCAAAACUAAAGAUUAUAUUGUGGGAUUCACAGAGUUAGGAAAUUGUGAUGAUUUUUCAACAGAAACAUUGGAGUAUAGAAUUUCACUUUCUGGUGUAAUAAAGUACGACGAUACAUACCCUUCAGAGAACAACAAAAAGGCAACAUUGUUGCAAAUUGUUAAGUCCAAAACAAUUAAGGAUUCCGAUCCUGCAAAUUCAGAUGAUUCUGACAUCGAGUAGAGAUACUUUUAAUGAUUGAAAAGCGUUCUUAUUAAUACACAUUGUCUACUUUUAUUUUGGAUUAUAAAUUUAUUUAUAUUACAGAUUUCUACUUAAGUAACAAUAUUGAUUAAUAAAAAAUUGCAAUAAUUUGAUGAAGCAAAAUGAGUUACAUGGUUUUCAUAAAUGUACUAAAUGUGUAUUUCUUUUUUCUGUACUUUAUUUUAUAAAUAUCACAUGGAAAAUGAAAUUUUGCAAAGUAAAUUGUGAAUAAUUACGCUAGAAGUAGAAAAAAAGUUAUAAAAAAUAUAUCAUUGAUUUAAGGAUCAAUCAAGUGCAAUUACUCUUUCUUAAAUUGUAAUGAGAUUAUUUUAAGAAUCUAAAAAUAUGUCAUUUAUAAAACAGUAAGUAAUUCUUUAAAUUAUUUUAUUUUACAGUAGUUCUUUUUAUGUAUGACACAUGUAUUUCACAUUAAUAUUAUCCUCGUCAUUUCAAAUGUACUCUUAAGAGAAAUAUAAUUGAGAAUGUAUUCUAAUGGAAUUACUCUAACAACGAUAUUCUGUGUACAUGCAUAAUUCCUUGCAGAUACAUACAACUCUUUUCAGCAUGGUUAAAGAUAAUUUGAAUUUAGUGGGAAAAUAUUCUGUUUCUUAUAUUUAUAUUAUAUUUAAUAACUAAUUUUUAAUACUAUAAUUAUGCAAUGUAUCACAGUGAUAAUUUUGCAUACAUUAACAGUUGUUAUAUAUAUAUACACAAUGAAAUAAGAACUGCAUUUAUACUAACGCACCUUAGUACAUAUGCACGUACCAUUCAAAAUAAGAGAAUAAGUGAAGAUAAAAAGAAUAUAAUACCAUACACAUAUAAAAUGUUGUAUAAAUCAUAUAAUAAUAAUGCCCCCGCCUAUAAAACAUACUUCACUUUCAAAGAAGCUCUUAAUGGAAUACUAAUACUGAACUACUAAUGAGUAUAAUUCUAUAAUAUUUAGAAUGCUUUCUUUUUACAAGAGAGUAAUAUAGUAAUAUAAAAAAUAUAGACACUUAUGCCUGUAAAGUAUGACAGUGCACGUUCUAAAUACAAUUAUUAUUAGGAAUGCAACAUCACAAAAAUAUGACACACUGAUUCGAUUUUAUUUAAAUUACAUGCUUAAAAUCAGACUUAAUGAUGAAAUUGUUUUAUCAUAUAUUUAUCAUCCACUGAAACGUACGAAAAAAGAAGGAAAUAAUAUUACUUAAUUCGUGU